AUGUGGGUGGAUAUAUUUCCGUUGAAACUUGGAGAGCCUGGCCCAUCUGUGGAUAUCACACCACGCCGACCAAACGAAUACGAGUUACGUGUGAUUGUCUGGAACACGGUAGAGGUGAUCUUGCAAGAAACUUCGAUUACCGGAGAAAAGAUGUCAGAUAUCUACGUAAAGGGUUGGUUAUCCGGUGUGGAGGAACGUCAAUGCACCGACGUCCACUACCGCUCUUUGGACGGUGAAGGCAAUUUUAACUGGCGUUUCGUCUUCCCGUUCCACUAUCUACCGGCGGAGAAUUUUGUUGUGGUCCGACGUAAACAGCACUUCUGGUCACUGGAUCAAACGGAGCAGCGAGUGCGACCCAAAUUAAUUCUCCAAGCCUGGGACAAUGAUCUAUUUUCUGCGGACGACUUUUUAGGAGCGUUAGAGUUGAACUUGGCCUGCAUGCCAUCACCCGCAAAGACGGCAAGGAAAUGUAGUCUGGAAAUGCUUCACACUGCCAGGCCAAUGAGGAUGCUGAAUCUGUUCGACUGUCGCAGAGCGAGAGGUUACUGGCCAUUCAUGGAUGAAGAAAACGGACAGCAAUCACUGACUGGAAAAAUUGAAAUGGAACUGGAAAUGCUAACUAAAGCUGAAGCGCUCGCCAAACCUACAGGAAUCGCCCGCGACGAACCCAAUGAACAUCCUCACCUUGAUCCUCCAAAGAGGCCUGAAACGUCAUUUUUCUGGUUACUAUCUCCUUGGAAAACGUUCAAGUAUAUUAUAUGGCGACGGUUCCGAUGGAUCCUCCUGACGAUCCUGAUCUGUGUGCUGCUGGGACUUCUGGUAGUUCUAUUCAUCUACGCCAUGCCGGGUCUACUCGCAAGAAAAAUUAUCCGCGUUUGA